GCUUCCUUCCUCCCUCUUCGGCAGAUUGGGUUACAUCUCCUGUAGGCUGGGUCAGGCAUUGAUCCCGCUUCUGAAUGUUUCGCUUUUUCAGAUCCCAAAAAGGAGGACAAGGUGCAGGGAGGUUGUCCUUUCUGGGAGGAGAAUAUCUGCGGAACUGUUGUUUCCCGGAACCGGAUAGUUGCUUCCCGGAGGAGCUCUUGAGAGCGAACACCCCGGGGCAAGAUUGCGGUCGAGCCUCGGCCGCUGCCCCGGGUCUGGCAGAGCUUGAGGGUAUUAGGCUGAGGCGGCGGUAGCUGCGGCCCCGACCCCGAGCGCGGGGGCCUCGAGCGGGCCUUUAUAAACGGACUAAUGCUGGGUGAAAAAGAUUUGUUAUUAUGGUUGUUGAUGCCAAGGAAAGACGCCGGGCCUCAGGAGUCACCCAAACCCGAGUUCGAAUCCUGUUCGCUCGCCCACUCUGUGACCUUGGAUAAAGAAACUGAGGCCUAAAGAGGAUAAGUAACUUGGCCAAAUGAAGUAGACUCAGAACCGAAAACCAAGGGCUGCUUUGUCUAACCCAAGGCCUUUUCUGCUACAAAAGACAGGAUCUUCUGAAGUGAGAAGCUGCUCUCAGCUGUGAGUCCUGUGCAAGAUCACUAAUGAUUACCUGGCAUUUCUGGAUCAUAGGCAGGUCCUCAGGGCUUGUGCAUGUUUGCAAACAUGUUCACUGCUUCUCAGACCUCGAGAGCAUGGUUCAUUGAUAGAGCCCGUCAGGCUCGAGAGGAAAGGCUUGUGCAGAAGGAGCGGGAGCGGGCAGCCGUUGAGAUUCAGGCCCAUGUACGGAGUUUUCUCUGUCGGAGUCGACUGCACAGAGAGAUCAGGAGAGAGAUCGAUGAGUUUUUUAGAACAGAUGACUCUGGGCCCAGUAAAAGAAGCGCACUUUGUAUUUUCAAGGUUGCCAGGAAACUGCUAUUCUUGUUCAGAAUUAAAGAGGAUAAUGAGAGAUUUGAGAAGUUGUGUCGCUGCAUCCUGAGCAGCAUGGAUGCUGAGAAUGAACCCAAGGUGUGGUAUGUGUCCUUGGCUCUGUCCAAGGAUCUCACUCUCCUGUGGAUUAAACAAAUCAAAGACAUUCUGUGGCACUGCUGUGAGUUUCUUGAGCAGCUCAAGCCUGAAAUUCUACAAGACUCCAGACUUGUCACACUGUACCUCACGAUGCUUGUCACCUUCACGGACACUUCAACAUGGAAAAUUCACCGGGGAAAAGGUGAGAGUCUUCGACCGGCCAUGAACCACAUUUGUGCAAACAUAAUGGGACAUCUCAACCAGCAUGGAUUUUAUUCUGUGCUGCAGAUACUGUUAAACCGUGGCCUGGCAAGACCCCGGCCUUGUCUGUCCAAAGGCACUUUAACUGCAGCCUUUUCUUUAGCACUGCGACCUGUGAUUGCUGCACAGUUUUCAGACAAUCUGAUUCGUCCAUUCCUCAUCCACAUCAUGUCUGUGCCUGCUCUUGUGACUCAUCUCAGCAUCGUAACCCCUGAGCGUCUCACUGUUUUAGAAUCUCAUGACAUGCUUCGUAAAUUCAUCACAUUUUUAAGAGAUGAAGCUCGAUGCCGUGACGUUUGUGAAAGUUUAGAAGGAUGCCAUACGCUUUGUCUGAUGGGCAACCUCCUGCACUUGGGCUCCCUCCGCCCCAGCAUGUUGGAGGAGGAGACGGAUGGGUUUGUGGGUUUGCUCACCCAGAUGCUGGGCUACUGUCAGAAGUAUGUGUCCCAGAAGAAAUCCAACCUGACGCACUGGCACCCUGUCCUUGGCUGGUUCUCCCAACCCGUGGACUAUGGCCUUAAUGAGUCAAUGCCCUUGGUCACCAGACAGCUGCAGUUCCUCUGGGGGGUGCCUCUGAUCCGAAUCUUCUUCAGUGACAUCCUGAGCAAGAAGCUGCUAGAGAACCAGGAGCCAGCCCCCGUGCAGCCAGCACCCCCGCAGAACGUGCUUCCCAUGAAGAAUCUCCUAAAGCGUGCGUUUCAGAAGUCUGCAUCAGUUCGGAAUAUACUCAGGCCUGUUGGGGGUAAACGUGUUGACUCUGCGGAGGUGCAGAAAGUUUGCAACAUCUGUGUUCUCUACCAGACCUCGCUGACAACUCUAACCCAGAUCCGGCUGCAGAUACUCACAGGUCUCACUUACCUUGAUGACCUGCUGCCCAAACUGUGGGCGUUUAUCUGUGAGCUGGGGCCCCACGGAGGGUUAAAGCUCUUCUUGGAAUGCCUCAACAAUGACACUGAAGAGUCCAAGCAGCUCUUGGCCAUGCUGAUGCUGUUCUGUGACUGUUCCCGGCACCUUAUCACGAUUCUUGAUGAUAUUGAAGUUUAUGAAGAACAAAUUUCAUUCAAACUGGAAGAGCUGGUCACCAUCUCCUCUUUUCUGAAUUCCUUUGUGUUUAAGAUGAUCUGGGAUGGAAUCGUAGAGAAUGCCAAGGGCGAGACCUUGGAGCUGUUCCAGUCCGUCCAUGGGUGGCUGAUGGUGCUGUAUGAGCGGGACUGCCGGCGGCGCUUCGCCCCCGAGGACCACUGGCUGCGAAAGGAUCUCAAACCUAGUGUGCUCUUCCAAGAACUCGACAAGGACAGGAAACGGGCACAGCUGAUCCUGCAGUACCUCCCUCAUGUCAUUCCUCACAAAAACAGAGUUCUCCUGUUCCGAAACAUGGUUACCAAGGAGAAGGAGAAACUGGGGCUUGUGGAAACCAGCUCGGCCUCCCCUCACGUCACUCACAUUACUAUCCGACGGUCCCGGAUGUUGGAGGAUGGCUAUGAGCAGCUUCGGCAGCUCUCCCAGCACGCCAUGAAGGGCGUGAUCCGUGUGAAGUUUGUCAAUGACCUCGGGGUGGACGAGGCCGGGAUUGAUCAAGAUGGCGUUUUCAAGGAGUUCUUGGAAGAGAUCAUCAAGAGGGUGUUCGACCCAGCACUCAACCUAUUCAAGACAACCAGUGGGGACGAGAGACUCUACCCUUCGCCCACAUCCUACAUUCAUGAGAAUUACCUGCAGCUCUUUGAGUUUGUGGGCAAGAUGCUGGGGAAGGCUGUGUAUGAGGGAAUUGUUGUAGAUGUGCCUUUUGCAUCCUUCUUCCUGAGCCAGCUGCUUGGGCACCACCACAGUAUCUUCUACAGCUCUGUGGACGAACUUCCUUCCCUGGACUCCGAGUUCUAUAAAAACCUCACCUCCAUUAAGCGCUACGAUGGGGACAUUGCUGACCUGGGCCUGACGCUGUCAUAUGAUGAGGAUGUCAUGGGUCAGCUUGUUUGCCAUGAACUGAUUCCUGGAGGGAAGACCAUUCCUGUUACAAAUGAAAAUAAAAUUAGCUACAUCCAUCUGAUGGCACAUUUUCGAAUGCACACUCAAAUCAAAAACCAAACAGCUGCCCUCAUUAGUGGAUUCCGCUCCAUUAUUAAGCCUGAGUGGACCCGGAUGUUCUCAACCCCUGAGCUACAGAGACUCAUCUCCGGUGACAAUGCUGAGAUUGAUCUAGAAGAUUUAAAGAAGCACACAGUGUACUACGGUGGUUUUCAUGGAAGUCACAGGGUCAUUAUCUGGCUCUGGGAUAUUCUGGCCUCCGACUUCACACCUGACGAGAGAGCUAUGUUUCUGAAGUUUGUGACCAGCUGCUCCAGGCCCCCUCUCCUGGGAUUCGCCUACCUCAAGCCUCCUUUCUCCAUCCGCUGUGUCGAAGUGUCAGACGAUCAGGACACUGGGGACACCCUGGGCAGUGUCCUCCGGGGCUUCUUCACCAUCCGCAAGCGGGAGCCAGGUGGCCGUCUGCCCACCUCCUCCACCUGCUUCAACCUGCUCAAGCUGCCCAACUACAGCAAGAAGAGCGUCCUCCGGGAGAAGCUGCGCUACGCCAUCAGUAUGAACACGGGCUUCGAGCUCUCCUAGCUCCCGCUACAGUCCACCCACCCGCACAGACUCCUGGGCUACCAGGGACCUUCAGCUUCGGGAAGCAGCCUUCUCCUGGGAGUGUGACCCACAGACCCAGUGAUGUCGGCCCCCAGACCUCUCUAUAGCCAUGAGACUCCCCUGCAGCCUCAAGAACUUUAGACGCACAUGACGACUCUGCAGAGCGUUCUCCAGGCGACACUAGUGGAAAGGGGAUGUAUAAACCUCCAGAUUCUGUCCGCGUCAGCCCUUCUUCCUCCUUUGCAGUGGCCUGAAGCCCAGGCCUCUGAUUGCAGAGGGGCUGCUCUUUUUGAUGGAUGGGUCUGUGAGUCUUUUUCUUUCCUUAACUUUCUGCGUGAGCUGUUCAUGAACAAGGCCCAGGAACUCCAAGGGUCCAGAGUAGUUUUUGUGAUGUGGGCCUGAGUGCAACGAAGCCUCCUACACAUGAGUCGUUCUCCUUCCGUUUCUGAAAACUCUACUCAGGUCAGGCCUUGCCAAGCCUCUAUGCACCCGACAAAGCUCUGCCUCCGUCCCAUCGCAGUGGCCUCUCUGCAGACAGCAGGCUCGCCUGUGCCCCAGGGAGGCAGAGGUGCCUGCCUUGCAGGAAGUUUAAAGCACCGACCCACCUCAAAGCCACGCAUUCCGCACUCGAUCACCCCACCGACCCCUCACUCUCGUAGCGAAUGCUCUGAGGCCUCAGCAGGCCAAGCUGCCAGGGGGCCUCCACUGGCUCGUUCCCAUCUUGUGCAUUCACGUUGGCAUUCUGGGUUUGGGAGAAAAAGCAGAAGGCACUGGCUCUUACCCAAAGCUCACUGAUUCCCACAGGGGCAGCUGCCUUUCCUCUGCUUGUUUGCCUGCUUGUUAUCUACUAAGGAACAAACACUAGCUGAAGGUACCUAGGCCUAGGGCAUGCGGGCAGUGGCUCUACUCCAUAGGUGUAAACUUCCAGGAGACUUGGGUCUUGCCUCCUGUCAGGGAACCUGCAACCCUUUACACUGAAGGAGGCUUGCAAGGCUGAGGAAACCCAUGCACCCUCUGGGUUGGGUUUUUUUUGUUGCAGUUUUUUACUCUGUUUUCUCUUCAAUCCAUUGUGCUCCUCUGCCCUCAUUCUUCACCUUUAUCAUGAGAACUUAACUUCAGAUCCAGGGAACUGAGGCCAAGGCCAGUUGGUGGUCUGUGCUGACAGCCAUCCACCCUCACCUGCCUCGUCAUUCUCCUUGUGCGUCUCCAUGACUGAGAGUGAAGCUAGAAUAAAAGCCAGGAGGAUCUGGUCCCCACCUGUUCUGCGGAGCCAGCUGAGGGCUUGCAGCUCUCUUCCAAGCAGCCAGACACCUUCCAGCAAGAAACUUCAUAUUAGCAGCAAAGUGGGCAAGACCUGUCUUCCAUCACCUCCGUUAGGGGACCUCAGCAGGGUUCCAGGGUGCAGGCCUGGCUGCGUUAGAGUCCCUGGCUUCUGGAGAACAGAGUGCGUGUUUUACUUUGAUGGAAGAAGAUGACAAGGAAUCUAAAGACAAACAGGAAUUUACUUAUAUUAUUUAAGAUUUGUUAGUUCCUCUGAUUCUAUGGAUUUGCCACUUUUUGUGAAACACUCGAUUCCUUUGAUGAUAUCUUCUGAACGUGUGUGUGUACAUUGAACAGGUUUGUACAUUUAUGCAGAGGCCAAGUAAUUGUCAACCUGCACAAAGAAGUUUGAUCCCAUCUUGGUUUUUAUUACCUGAGAAUCAGCCAGUGGGGGAGUGGGGAGAGAGUGGUUUCUAAACACCAACAUCAACUUCGUUUUCUUGACGAGGAGGGGUAGUUUGUAAUUUCAUUUAAGUUCUUCUCUUCAACAGCUGGAAAUAUUGCACUAUCUAAAAACACUGAACCUGUACUUUUAUAGCUGGUGUUCAUUGACACCUCGAUGGCUCUUGAUGGCUCUAAAACGCUGUGGGCUUUUUUGUUUCAUAGAUAACUUAUAGAUCAAAGGCUUUAUUAAAUUUGUACUUCAGCA